AUGCACGGGCCGUACACGCGCAAGAUUCGCGUUCUCUCAAUCGGCGCAGGUGUAACCGGGAUCAUGAACGCUUAUCACAUCCAGAAGAUGCUGGAGAAUGUGGAGCAUGUAAUCUAUGAGAAGAAUCCUGAUAUUGGAGGCACUUGGUUGGAGAACAGAUAUCCAGGCUGCGCUUGUGAUAUCCCCAGUCACGCAUACACCUUUCCUUUCGCGCUGAACCCUGACUGGCCUCGCUUCUUCUCCUACUCCCCUGAUAUCUGGAAGUAUCUCGACAAGGUCUGUGAGGUAUGGGGCCUGAGAAAGUACAUGACUUUUGAUACCGAGGUGGUCGGCUGCUAUUGGCAGCAGGAGACCGGAGAAUGGUUGGUCAAGCUAAAGCAGAAAAACCCUGAUGGGACUACACGUCUUUUCGAGGAUCGUUGUCAUGUGCUCCUCCACGGAACAGGUAUCUUGAACAAUUUCAAGUGGCCCGACAUCAAAGGCAUGGAGAAGUUCAAAGGAAAGAUCAUGCAUACUGCACGUUGGCCAAAGGAUUAUCAGGCCGAGCAGUGGAAGCAAGAUCGUGUUGCGGUCAUCGGGUCAGGGGCUUCCAGCAUCCAAACGGUGCCUACCAUGCAGCCGCACGUAAAGCACAUGGACGUUUUUCUAACACACCUGCAUUUCUUAGGUGUCUGGUUCGUUCAAAUCGCCAACAACUUCGGCGCCAACCAUGAAUAUACAGACGAGCAGAAACAGGAGUUCCGCGAUCCCUACAAGCUCGUCGAGCAUGCCAAAUCUAUCGAGGACCAGGUCAAUGGGCUGUGGGGCUCAUUCUACAAGAACUCCAAAGCCCAAGCAGAGGGACAAGCCGCGCUGAAGGCUCGUAUGGCCGAGAUGAUCAAGGACGAGAGGCUACUGAAGGGAUUUACCCCCAAAUUCGGCAUUGGGUGCCGAAGAAUCACUCCUGGAGAUCCGUAUAUCGAAGCCAUUCAAAAGCCGAACGUCGACGUUCACUUCACACCUGUGGUGGAGAUCGACGAAACCGGGGUUAUUGGGGAAGAUGGAAUCCACCGUGAAGUCGACACGAUCGUCUGCGCCACGGGCUUCGACGUUUCUUACCGUCCUCGCUUCCCUAUCGUGGGUCAGAACGGCGUCGAGCUGGCUGACAAGUGGAAGGUCUGUCCCGAAGGCUACCUUGGCCUUGGAAUUCCCGACUUCCCCAAUUUCUUCACUUUCAUCGGGCCCAAUUGGCCGGUCGAGAAUGGCAGUGUCAUGGGUCCUCUGAUGUAUGUGUCGUACUAUGCGUUGCAGAUGAUCCGGAAGAUCCAGAGCGAGUAUAUUGCGAGCAUUACGCCGAAACAGGAUGUGACGGAUGCGUUCAAUGAGCACUGCCAGGAGUGGGUCAAGCACACCGUUUGGGUGGACGACUGUCGGUCAUGGUACAAGAACAACGAAACAGGCCGAGUCAAUGCCGUCUGGCCUGGGUCCUCGCUGCACUAUAUCGAGGCCAUCAAGACCCCACGCUAUGAGGAUUUCGACAUCGAAUAUCUCGGUCCUGCGAAGAAGAACAUGUGGGCGUACCUUGGCAUGGGCACAGUGAAAGCUCUUGUGAACAAGGAGGAUGUGUCGCCGUAUCUGAAUGCGGAAGCAAUUGACCCGGACUGGAUGAGAGCUAUGGGUAUCAAUGCCGACAAGUUGCAUGAGACGAAGUUGAAGGACCUGCAGCAGAAGCAUGAAGAACAAAAGGAGAAGAGCAAAGAGACUGUCGAGAAGACAGCUGUUUCAUGA